AUGAAAGAUCCUGGGAGCUUUACUAUCUCAUGUUCAUUUGACAACCAUUAUUUUGGAAAGGCUUUAUGCGAGGGAGCUAGCAUCAACCUAAUGCCACUGUCUACUUUCAGAAAGUUAGGAAUUAGUCACAUGAAACCUACUGCGGUGACAUUGCAACUAGCAGUUCGAUCCCUGGCUCAACUUGAAGGGCAAAUCAAAGACAACUUAAUUCGUAUGGAUAAAUUCAUUUUUCUGGCUGAUUUUAUCAUACAUGACUAUGAGACAGGCAAGAAGGUUCCCAUAAUCUUGGGACAAACUCUUAUUGAUGUUUAUAAAGGUGAACUGAUCAUGCGACUUAAUGAUGAGCACGCUACCUUUAGUGUUUUUGAAUAUAUUCAAUGCAAGGAUAAAGAAGAAUGCCAUAUUGUCGAUGUGCUAGAUGAUCUAAUUGAGGAAGAUUCAAUGACUAAAGCACAAUACUUUUUAAGGAUUUGCAGUGACAUCUGGUGA